AAUUAUCUCCUCCAUCAUCCACACCUACUGCCACUUCUUUGUCACCGUAUUCAUCAGUUCGCCAUUGGCAACUUCUUCAUUUCAAAAAGGAAAACAAAAAUGAGUUUUAGGAUUUGAUUGAUCGUCAUCAUGGGUCGAAAGAAGACGAGGGCUAAACGACGUGUCCUCAUUAAGAGCGAUGAUGAGGAGGAGGAAGACAAGGUGGUCAUUGAGGAAGUUGUUGUAGUGCCCAGCAUGGUUGUUAAAAUCGCGAUCUAAAUCCUAAGAUCGCACGAUUUUACGAUGUUAAGGGGCUUCAACGAUCUGAAUCGGACAAAAAUCGUGGGUCUUGAAGAAUCGAUCGAAGAUCGCGCACAAAAUCGCGAGAUCGUGAGAUCGUGCGAUCUUGAACGAUUUUAAAAACUAAAUUCUUCUGAGAUUAUGGAUGAUAAUUAAGAAUUUUAGAAUUA